AGAAUAAGGACUAAUAUUCCUGAUGAUUACAACAAGCCAGCGCAAUAGGGAAAUAAUUCCCAAUUAGAGAAAGAAACAAUGGGAAGACUUGGUGGAAGGCCAAAGGCUGAUGACAUGUGGAAACAUGUUACGCUAUUGGAUUUGAAAGGGAAGCAAGUAAAGUGCAAUUAUUGUGGACUUGUAUUUGCAGCAAGUGCUAACAGGAUCUAAGUCUCAUAUCAGCCUAAUUAAGGGUCAGGGUGUUCGAGUAUGCCCUGCCAAAUUGAAAGAAAAAGAGGACCUUCUUGAUUCACAAGGAAGGGAUAAAGGCUCUCCAACAAGUACAAAUCCACACUAAAGCUAUGCAUCAAGAGAGGUUCCAAGUUGGCCCCUUUUCUGUUUCUCAUAUGGUGAAUGAACCUGACUUGCGGUUUGACACAAUAUGUUUUUGAACAAUCAUGUGAGACAACUUUCUCUUCACCACCACGUUUAUAUUUGAAUCAAUCUGAAUUCACCACACUUAGACCGCAGACUAAUUUGGAUUCUUCGGUAAUAGAUAUUUUUGCUGAUAUCUUGACUGACAUUGAAAGGAAGAAAAGUAAACCUUUGAAUUGGUAUCUUCCGGUGAUGUUUUCGAAUGUAGCCCUUAAUAGUGGUGAUUUAUGUUCAUUCCUUAACUUUGUCGAACUGCAUCAAAUAUGUGAGAAUUAUAUGCCUCACUUGAUAUAUUGUGAGAAGUUGCUUGCCAUGGAGAAACUCUUCAAGGACGUUAUCAUGUUCACAAAAUUUUCUCGGAGAAUGGCAAGAAAUAUCCAAUUACAGCCUAAUGGAUAUGAUUGUGGAAUAUUUGUUAUUAAAUAUAUGCAACAAUCGGAUAAUUAUGUAGGCAAAAUCCUUCAUUUCAGGUAUGGUAACUUGCAAACUAGAUAGUGUUAAAUGCUCUAUACAUAUCAAUUCAAACGUUCACAUGUAUAUGCACAUAGAUGGAUCCAAACACUCUCAAUCAUACAUAAAUAAUAUAGACAAAAUGCGUAGUUUGACAGUGACAAAGAGAGAUUGGAUUUGGCUUUAAAGUUGCUCAAGAGCAACUUAAACCAAUUAAAAGAAACACUAUAUGAUAAAGCAGCAGGAAGCUACACACAAGUUCAAAGUGAAGAAGAUGUAGAUUCACGUGGAGUUAAAAAAAAAAAAAAAAGCAGGUUGGUACAUGCAAAACAAUAUUUGAAGAUGCUGGAAGAAAGGCACAGAUGGAAUUGGAUGAUUCCGAUAAUAGAGUCAAGAGAAAAAAUGUUAGCUUGAAAACAGGAUGUGUUAAAGGUUACAUAUUGCCAACAACUGAGUUACUGGGGGAAGAGUUUCGAAGUUAUAUUCAACAAAUAUGGAAAUGGACAAUGGAAAAUGAUCAAAUCUCAACAAAUGCGAUAUGGGGGAGUGGGAAGGGCAGGGAAAACAACAUUAGCAACUCACAUGCAUAACAAGCUUUUAGAAGAAGCCGGUGAUGACUUUGACCAUAUUAUUUGGGUUACUAUGUCACAGUAUGAUAGCAUAUAUGAGUUGCAAAAGGCCAUAGCAAAAUCAAUUAAUUUAGACAUAUCUGAUGAUUGUGAUGUAAAAAGAACAUUGGGAAAUUAUUGCAAGCAUUUAAGCAUAUAAAUAAAUGUGUCCUUA